GUUCGAGUUUCUGCCCGUCCUUCUGCGCCAACCUGCGCUGCGUCUGCCAUUGCGAUCACCUCCCACCCUUUCCCCUCGACCACCUUCUUCCUAUUCGUGUUGCUGUCCAUUUAGAACAGCCGAAGAUGUCUGUCUGGGACCGUUUCACAGGCAGGAAGCCCUCGAGGCAGCAAUCGGAAGGCUCCGCAGACGCCCAAUCUUCUUCUUCCUCAUCUUCGUCUUCAUCAUUUACGCCGACCCAUUUCGAUCCCACAACCGCAACAGACGUAUCGUCCUUUCUCGGAAGCGCAUCUUUGCCAGAUGCGUCGAAACUCCAUCCACUGGCCGGUUUGAACCAACAGACACUCGACUACCUCACUCUAGACGAGUCGGCACUCUCAGACCUUCCCGGCUCUAGGUCAAUAUUACCCUCGCGCGGCUGGUCCGACGACUUGUGUUACGGCACAGGAGUCGUAUAUCUUACAGCCUUGACUACGGGAGGUGUAUGGGGUCUAAUAGAAGGAUUGAAUCGAACACCGGCAUCCGCACCUCCCAAGCUAAGAUUAAACAGCGUUUUGAACAGCAUCACGCGAAGAGGACCUUUCCUGGGCAACUCGGCCGGAGUGGUGGCGAUGGUUUACAAUGGAGUAAACUCAACGAUAGGAUAUUAUCGCGGCAAACAUGAUGCGACGAACAGCAUCCUGGCUGGUGCAUUGAGCGGAGCCAUUUUCAAGAGUACCAGAGGCGUGAAACCAAUGCUGAUCUCGAGUGGUAUCGUGGGCUCCAUUGCGGGAAUGUGGGCUUUGACUCGCAAAGUCAUUUUCGAACCAGGCGAACCCGCGGAGGCGAAAGAACAAAUGAUUGCUCCCACACACGCGAGCAUCUGAGCUUGAUGGCCUUUGGAGAAUCCCCGCUUGUAUAAAAUUGCCUUUCCCUAUCGUGCAUGCCUUUCAGAGCAAUGCACAGUUGCGACCGACGGAUGUCUAUUCUACGAUCCUCACUCUUCGAAUGUGGUAAAAGCAUAGCGGGAAUGGUAUGAUACAGGGCGUUCUGGGAGGUGGACUGUGUAUGAUAGAUUUUGGCAAGAGCCCGACCCGUGGAAGUGAGGUCACAGGUACGAAAGGUCUAUGGCGACUAAUAGCCCAGGAGAGACAGAUCUUUGGUUCGCCAACUGAUGUCUUAUAUUUGUUGAGGAGAAUUCAGCCACUAAAAAUGUUAAUGUCAAUCAGUACACUCCCCACCAUUUCCAUGGGUUCUCCCAGAGCGCCAAAUCCAAAUGCUAGGACUGGAAUGGUCCAGGGAUGCUCGCGAUAAACACCUCCAUACCAUCCGUUCCGUGCAGUUUGCAUUGAUAUCGUACAAGUC